GGCGGCAGUCAGAUCAACAAGCACAGAGCAGCCAGCGCCAGAGAGAUACAAGCAUGCAUCCUGUCGUCGCCCCUCAGUGCUAGUCAUCUCCUCUUCUCCAUUCAAUACAAUAUGCCACCCAAGAUACCAGUACAGGCGCUGGACGCUGCUCAACAAAAGGAGGCCGCCCAGCACCUGACAAAGACCACCAAUACCCUCAUUCUGGACUAUCUCCUAUGGCUGUCUGCUAAGACUGUCCUUCAUGAAGCACGCGGCCAUCAUCUGCGACAACCGCGGCCUGUUUCUAAAGGCAGGCGCCUGGUAGGCCUGGUGGAUGGCUUGAUUCUCUCUUUUGAACACAGCGCACAACCCAGGCUCCCCUCACAGAAGCUAACGGAACGACUGCAUCUCUCUGCACUCGUCAUCUUGUACGUGUAUCGAGAUGCAUAUCGUCUGUCCCGUGGAACGCGCGAGACACAUGAACGACGCCGGGAAAUCACGCGUCAUCGUACGCGUCAAUAUCUCAACGCGCGACGUGUCGAGCACUGUCUAUCUGGCCUCGCGUCACCUGCUCAAGCUGCUCGUUUCUCUUCUGAACCCAGUCACUGCCCGCGUGCUAUCAGACAGGAAGCUGCUACUCUCUUUGGCUUGAACCCCGAGCUCGACCUGACGCACAAGGAUUUGGCUGGGAAACCGCCCAUGCUCUUUGAAGCCCUUGAAGGGUUCAUGAUGGUCUCUGCUGAGCAAUUUCGCAGCCAGAGAACAACACCUGCUGCCAUGUGGACGGAUAUGGCGAGUGACUUUAUGCUUUUUGCGUGUCUCGAGGCAUACCUCGUGUAUGGCGCGACUGGUAUGGGUAUGCUCAAUGCUUGUUUCGCUUGGGGUCGGAAUGGAGAGACUGGCUCUGAUGCAUUGAAUGGCCUCUUGAAACCACGUUCGAUCCAAGUGCCUCAUUUCGCUUUACUGGAGCAAGGCCAAGCAGCCAGAUUGGCAUUACUCGUUGCAAAUCUCCCCUUGGAGGGCGCCUCCCCAUCCGAUCCAGUCUUGUUGGAACACAUGCUGGAAAUUGCAAAGGAAAAGUUGUAUCCGGAUUUCAGGGAUCAGGUGCUUUCCUACCUUCAUGCAGUCUUGUCAUCGAUGAGUGAACCGGAUCUCAGCGCGUACGGUGCAGCUAGUGCGGAAAACAAUAUUCAAGCGCCAAUACUCUCCAAGAGCGUCUUGACAGCACCUGGAGAGAUUCUUAUAAGCCAUGAUAGGGAGGCAGAGGACCGUCAUGCGGACCUUGAGCGUGAGCCUCGCAUGACAGCCACCCAAGCAGAGCAAAACAUGGGCGCUUAUUAUGGUCAACAUGGCAAGAAGCGUGAUGCGCCUGCUGGAGGUGCAGAGAGCAACAAGAAGACACGCGUCUAUGUGUAGCCCAUCGAAAUCAGCUUGUCGUAGAGAUUGAGAAAUCAAAAAAUAUACAAGUCUC